AUGACAAGAAGAUGCUCAUUGGAGGAUGACCCUAUCUGUGGCCCGAUCAUUGAUGACGUCGUCUUCCACUCAGGUUAUAUUGAUUUCACUGCCAAACUCAGCUGUGUUCGCCAUCAUGCCCGUGAAGGAUUUGCAAGGCUAUGGAGAGGCACAAAUGCAGGUCCAGCACUGGCUGUGACCACAGUGGGAAUCUAUCUACUUUGCUAUGACAUUUUCUGCAACUGGCUAAAGGAACUCAUGGCUCAAAAUGCUCCCAGCUUGACAGUAUAUGUUCCAUUAGUUGCGGGUUCACUGGCUCGCUCAUUAGCCUAUGCUACUUGUUAUCCUAUUGAACUUGCAAGAACUUGGGUGCAGGGCGGUUCCUCAAGGAGAAAGACCUCGAGAUUAAGGCUUAGGGUGCAGAACCAGCUGAGAGUAUAA